AUGAAUUUGGAGGGGGUAGGCGACGCCAUCAGGUGCCGAGCAUUCCCGGUGACACUGGUUGGCCCAGUAAUCCGAUGGUUUAACGCACUCCCACAGGGAUCCAUCACGACCUUCACAAACAUCUGUCAAAGCUUCCUAGCUCGAUUCACCACACGCAUAGCCAAGGCAAAACACUCGAUCAACUUGCUGGGGGUUACCCAAAAGCCCGGAGAGCUGACCAGAAAGUUCCUGGACAAAUUCAACGAUGACUGCUUGGAAAUCGAUGGCCUCACCAACUUAGUAGCCAGUCUCUGCCUGACGAACGGCUUGCUAAACAAGGACUUCAGAAAGCACCUCACCACCAAGCUUGUCUGGACAAUGCAAGAAAUUCAAAGCGUGGCUAAAGAAUACAUCAACGACGAGGAGGUUAGCCAAGUCGUGGCGGCCAAUAAACGGCAGCCCUCGAACCCCUCGGCACGGCAGGCCCCCAAGUUGACAGAUACAGGGAAGCUCCCAGGGACGGAACCUCGACAAAACAACCAAAACAACUCCCAUGAGUAG